UGCUGAGAGGGAGGGGCCGAACAAAGUAGCAUUCAUGCAUUGUAUCAGGAGCGCUCUCCUCUCCCUCCUGUUCCACAGGAGUUUCUCCCUCCUCCCUCUGUAGUGACAUACAAACUUCUGCUGCUCCUCCCCUACUGCAGUGCCUGCCUGGGAAUCCCGGCCCUAAGCCACACUUCUAACCGGGACCUUGCAAAGCGUUUAACCCCUGUAUCGUCGCAGCAGUCCCAUUCCUAUUCAGCCCCGGAAAUAGAGGAGCAGAGCUGGAUAAUCCAGCCCAUCCCGAGAGACCUGCCUGGAGUGGCUUCCUCAUUCCACCUCUCCCCUCCCUUUAGUCACUCUUCUUCCUUCCGCCUCCAUGGGGUGCCUACUGCUCUCUUGGGAUACUCUCAAACUACCUGGAUAAUAAAAAGAAAAGCUUUAUUUCGAUUUUAUGUAAUCUUUUUCAGUUCAGAAAAAACUUCUCAUAAACUUUGUAAGCUUUUGGGACCCAGGUGGCCAUCCACCUGCAUUUUGCGCCUUUUUAAUUAAGGACUGAACCUAAUUAAUGAAACAGUUGCACUUGCUUUCCUCCAUGGAGUAAACAUAAUUAUGGAGCAUGCUGAGUGCAAACGAUAAACCUUCCAAGACUUUGCACCUGUUGCUCCCAGGACACAACAGCAGGAUAACAAACUGACACUUUUUUGUGUGCAGGGAUUUGGCAGCCUUUCGGUUUUUUUUAACCCUUUGACAUAUAAUUUUUGUGAAACUCAAAAAGGAAUAAAAUGAAAGUAACCGUUUGCUUUGGGAAAACUGGAAUUGUUGUUCCUUGUAAAGAUGGAAAGAUGAGUGUGAGAGAACUAAUCCAGCAGGCUGCGCAGAGAUUCAUCAAAGCCAAGGAAAAAGAGCCAGGAUACUGGGUAAAGGUUCAUCACCUAGAAUACCAAGAUGGAGGGAUCUUAGACCCUGAUGAUAUUGUGGCGGAUGUUGUUGAAGACAAGGAUAAGAUAAUUGCUGUGUUUGAUGAACAAGAAGCAUCAGAAAUUAAGAACAGAAAUGAAGAUUCAGUCAAUGUCAUAGACCGUACCAGCCCUGACCCACUUGAAGCAGAAUUAUCAGCUCAGCUUUCUGCCUUCCAACCACUUAAAGGAGAAAUUGAUGUCACAUCCUCUGCUUUAAAGAUAGGAACUCCUUUACUGGUGCGAAGGAGCAGUGACCCAACUGUGGGACCAGCUGUUGAUUUUCACCCAUCUUCCUCACAGUCUGCAGAUCAGAACGUAAAUGAUGCUUCACAGGGAUUGUCCAGAGUACUUCCACCAGAUGAGCAGACAGAUCAGAAUACUGGAUUACAGAAGCCUCUAUAUAAAAUAAGAGAAAUCACCAGAAAGGUAGAGAUUUCAGGGAGUGGGGGACCACUUGGCAUCCAUGUUGUGCCUUUCUAUUCUUCCUUUAGUGGAAGAGCUCUAGGGUUGUAUAUUCGAGGAAUUGAAGAGAGCAGCCGUUCUAAGCGAGAAGGUUUAUUCCAAGAAAAUGAAUGCAUUGUGAAAAUCAACAAUGUGGAACUUAUAGACCGAUCAUUUGCACAAGCACAAGAUAUCUUCCGUCAAGCAAUGAAGCAACAAAACGUGCUAGUGGAAACUGUUCUGCCAGAAAAGCGUGAAUUGUAUGAAAAGUCUGUCAUCUCUUCAUUGUUUGUAUUGGAUGAUGAUAUUGACGAGGUUCCUGACAUAAAACCACCUCCUCCUCCCGUUCAUGUAAAUCGAAGUAUUAAAAUGCCAGAGCAGGUUAAUGGAAUUGAUCCUACUGGAACCAAAAUACAGCAGCCACCACUUAGUCCAAACCUGAUAUCUUCAGAAAGCAAGUUCUCUUCACCGUCCCUCUCCCCUUUGGGUUUCGGAAACAAGAAAAAUGGCAAGAAACUAAGGAUCGAUCUAACAAAAGGUGCUGAGGGACUUGGUUUCACAGUUGUCACUAGGGAUUCAACUGUGCAUGGGCCUGGCCCUAUUUUCGUGAAGAAUAUUUUGCCAAAAGGAGCAGCAGUUAAGGAUGGGCGACUUUUGUCCGGAGACCGAAUACUGGAGGUGAAUGGGAAGGACAUUGCUGGAAAGACUCAAGAGGAGCUAGUAGCCAUGCUCAGAAGUACAAAGCUUGGCGAGAGUGUUUCAUUGGUGGUGGCCCGGCAGGAUGAAACCUUUUUACCACGUGAACUGAAGGGGGAGACAGAAAAUCUUGUAUUUCCCCCAGACAACACGGCACAGAUGACAUUUGAGAUACCUCUGAAUGAUUCUGGUUCAGCUGGACUGGGAAUAAGCCUGAAAGGAAACAAGUCCAGAGAAACAGGCGCUGACCUGGGGAUCUUUAUUAAAUCUAUCAUACAUGGAGGAGCGGCCUUUAAGGAUGGUCGCCUAAGAGUGAAUGACCAGCUUGUUGCUGUAAAUGGAGAAAGCUUAUUAGGGAAAUCAAAUCGAGAUGCUAUGGAAACGCUACGGAGGUCUAUGUCUAUGGAGGGAAAUAUCCGUGGAAUGAUCCAGCUGGUUAUCCUACGGAGACUGGAUUGGCAAACAGAGGAGCGAUCAGAAACUUUUCAGAAAAAUACCAUCGAGAAUCUUGCUGUCUCCGAACAAAAUGGUGUGCAGGAGAAACUGAAAGAUUCAUCAAGAUUUAAUGAUCGAAAUUCAGAAAAUUAUAUCCCACCCCCUAUCCCACCACAUCCAAAGGAGCAUAUCAUUGUUGAAUCCCCUAAACUUAGGAAUGUAGCAGAAUCUCAACCAAAUGAUUCACUCAACAUAAAAGCAUCAAGAAGCAUGGACAUUGUGGCGGAUGAGAGCAACAUUGGUUCACUAAGGGAACACCAGUCAGGGUCUCCUGGGAAAGACUUUGGACCACGUCUGGGUCUAAAAAAAUCUAGUUCUCUUGAGAGCCUCCAGACGGCCUUUGCAGAAGUCAAGAAAAAUGAGCUUCCCUUCUAUAGACCCAGGCCACAUAUGGUCCGUGGAAGAGGAUGUAAUGAAAGCUUCAGAGCUGCUAUUGAUAAAUCCUAUGAUGGUCCAGAGGGAGAAGAAGAGGAUGCCCUGUCCGAUCUCAGUUCUCACUCUGGCCGAGAAUCCCCAAACAGUGAAUUAACUCCUCUAGGGAAUCAAGAGAUGGAGGAUACUGAUAAAUCCAAAAAAGAAAAGAAAAAGAAAGAUGUUAAAAAAGAAAAGGCAAAGGCAAAAGGGAAAGAAAAAAAGAAAAAGGAUGAUGCAGAAGAGCAUGAGAAGAAAGCAAAGAAAAAAGGAUUUGGAGUUUUGGGCAGGCUUAUUAAGAAGAAGGAAGAAAAAGGUAACCAAAAGCAAGGCACUCUUAAGGAGGAGGAAAAUGAAGUUGAAAAAAUGAAGGAAGAACGUGAAAGAAUUAACAUAAAGCACCAAGAACUCAGAGAACAGCAGGCCAAGAAUUUACUUGGCUAUAAUUGGAGUCAUGACAUGGAAGAUGAUGAUAUGGACCCGAAUUAUGCCAAAGUAAACCAUUUUCAAGAAGCUCCACUGAACCAUAAUGCACAUCGUCCUUAUUCCCCUCCAACAACGCUUCCUCCAAGUUAUCCACGGGAGACCCAAGUACUGUCAUCCGAGAGAGAGGACCUAUAUGCCAAGAUAAACAAAAAGCAGCAGGCACCAGAUAAAUCUGACAGUGGUCGCUCAACAUCUGGUACAGCAGAUCGUAUCCAGCAACUACGGAUGGAGUACCAUCAAGCAAAGCAGGAAGGUUUUCUAAUGCAUGAAGAUGAUGAUGAGUUGGGAAGACAUCUGGAAUACGAACAGACAUGGAUACCGAUUAGAAGCCCUGAAGCCUCACGUCUGCGUUAUGAUGGAAUGGAAAGGCAGUAUGCAUCCCUGCCCAGACACGGUCCCUUCCAACCAGAAUUCAUGCCUGGGCCCUCUACAGGAUAUAACGAGAGAGAACCGCCUUACUACUAUGAUGUAGCACACAUUACCCAGUCCCCAAAAGGAGCCUACUCCCAGACCCAGGCACAUCACAAAGCUAGUUAUCGCAUACCUCCAUAUCAACCUCCACAGGCCAAAGGUCCUAUCCGUCAAGAUGUCCCACCUUCUCCACCUCAAAACUAUCGACUUCCAGGCUAUAAUGCUGUUGUAAGGCCAGGACAAGAGGAAUAUCAAUACGAUCCUAGGCAGAAAAAUCCUUUGACUGCUGCUGUAUAACUUCUACAUCAGCUGGCACCUCAGGACAUCAUAGUUUCUUCUGGUAAUAGCAGAUCAUAUGCAUAUAGACAUAACAUGAAAUCAGUUAAUGCCAAAACAUGACAGUACCUUGAGAAAAGGUGUUACAGAAGUCUUCAAAUGUCAUCAAAAAGUGCAUUAUAAUAUUGCCUGGAAUUUUGGUGUAUUAAGUGUAUAAAUUAGUCUGCAUAUUUUAACUUUUUCAAGGCAUUUAACAUCUUUUUAUAAGUGGUUUAUUUGCUUCCCAUGGUUCCCAUUGAUGCUAAAUUUUAAUUGCACUAAUGCUAGAUUCAAGUUAAUGUGGUCAAUUAUAUAUUAGCCCAGAUAAUAUACUACAAUGCAUUCCAGACACUUUGAACACUUCAAGAACUAUAUUAUAGUGAUAUGAUUUAAUUGUAUGUUAUUAUGUUACCUUGAAUGAAUGGCUUAUGUUUAUUUGACUCUUUUUCUUUUUAAGUUCUUUACCUUCCAUUCAACCACCAAAUAUCCAACUGGACUAAAAUUGGCCAGACAUUGUUUAAUACAAUUUGGUGAUUUGCUACCAAAUUCUACAGUAUGGACAUUGCUUUAGAAAGGGGAACCCUAAGAAGCAUUUCUUGCUAUCAAACUCUGGUUUAGUAAUUUUACAGCCAAAAAUGUAAUACCAGGUGGAUUAAUGUCUCCACUAAUAUGGGCUACUCAUCUGCAUGGACUUCUGAUAGGUAGGCCUACACAAAUCAAAUGGCAUAUUCGUCAGAUGUGUGUGGCACACUUAACAGUCAUUGGAGGAGUAAGAGGCCCCCCCCCAACACACACACAUUCUACAAUUAAAUCACAACUAAAUCAUAAUCUGUGUUUUAAUCAUGUCUCCCAAGUUUGUGCUAUAAAAAUAAAGCCCUGUACAAACAACAACUGAACAUCUUUGAAGCAAUGAAAGCUGUUGACAAGUACACAUUCAAAGUACUUGCUUCUCAAUAACAUUUGCUGCAUCUCAGUUUUAGAAGCAUUCACCACAUCAGAAGUACAUUUGGGUGUCUGGAGCCUAGUACAAGAAAAGAAUUUAGACUCCCUGAUACUUAAACAACAGCAAGUAUUGGCAUUCAGGAAAACCAACUGAAGACAGGUAGGGCAGAGAUAAAACCAGGCUCUGAAAUAGAUUAAGGCGUCAAAUAUGCUGCAAAGUAACAUAAAGCACACAACGACCUAGACAAGAAAAAAAGAUGAAAGGUACAAGUAAGUUAGUGUUCAGCAUGAAUCCAGCCCACAGAAUGUAUCGAUCCAGCACUAAGUGUACAAUCAAUAUUUUCUGUCACUGCAUGCUUUUUACUGUGUAAAAUAUAUCAUAGUAACUAAAAAUUGCAAACCAUUGCCCAAGCUUUCUAUUUCUUCAUAUUCGUAAAAUGAAACUUUCCCUGCUGUUCUUUAGUGGGUUAUGUGGUAUGCUGAAUAGUAUUCCCAUUAAUAAAAUGGAUGCCCCAGGGUUUCUGCUCUCCCUGGAUGGUCAGCUUUAUGGUCUGGUGAAGGGGAGGCCAAAACACAGGAAGCGUAACUAGAAAAACUUGACUGUUAGUCAAAAGCAUCACAGGCAGCCAAGAAAAACAGUGGGAGUUAUGUCUAUUAGUAUUACCAUAGUAAGACUGCAUUUCUUGCUGCAGACUUCAAUGCCAAUUUUAUUUGUGUAAUUUAAAAAUCUUGUAAAAUAAAAGGAGGUUUGUUAAAAGAGCCCAAACCCUUAUAAGAUAACAAUGUAAAGUAUCUAAAUGUGCUCCACCUUAUGUUGUGCGCUGCAUGUGUUUAAAAAUAUGGUAGUCCCCCCACCUAAUACUCCUAUGUCAGCUCACUGGCUGUUGUACAUGGGCUCCCAUUGUCACUAUAUGGCUGAGAUGACAUUAUUAUAUCACUGAUUGAGAGGACUGAAGGAAAGCUAAAGAUAUUCUUUUACUAGAAACCUCCAAGGACCUGUUCUACCAUUGUGCAUGGAAUUAUUUUCCACUGAUUGGCUGUGCAUGUUGAUGCAUCUUUAGCUUAUUUUGGGAAAAGCAUCAUGAGCAACAGCUUCCUUACCAGUCUCUCCAUUACUGUCUUGUAAUUAUGAUUGAGUCUUCCAGCCAAUCAUCAUAUUAAACAUCAUAUUACUUCACAGGAUUAGUAGCCCCCAACAAAAAUAUGAAUAAAAAUGCUUUCAUUGUAUUAUACACCAAUAAAAAUAGAAGGAAUGUGCCUUUAAAAAAAAUAGAAGGAAUGCCCCCCCCCCCAUCCAUCCUAGCACUGCCUAGUCAUUAUAUUUCCUUCUGACUGCUUUCCCAGACUGAGCAGAAGAGCCUGUAUCUCUCAACACUUAUGAUGGCAGCGAUAUGGUACUGACAGUGAUCUACUGUGUAUCUCCCUCCACAUAAUUUUUAGUAGUGGUUUUAACUUUUCUUGUGGGAAAAGUCAGGGGUACCAUCUCUGCUACUAUCCACUGGGAUUCUUCUUUUUUUUUGUUAGAAAAUAGUCUCUGGGAGUCAUUAAAAACAUCAAGAGAAAAUUGUUGAGUGUCAUUUACAAACCAUCUGGAAAUAUUGUUUCCAAGAGACACCUGCUUUAUCUUCUUGUACACCUUCAUUAGAUUGCCCAGCUUAUCUUUAAUCCACGUGUAAUAAAACCAGAGUCUGCCUUUCUAGUUAUCAAUUUAGAAAAUGCUUUUUUAAUUAAUUCUCAGGAGCAUGCCUAAAGGAACAACCACUUCUAUUUGUACAAUUUACAGUUAAUCUUAAAUCAAAAUGUAGGUAUCAUUGUGCUCAUUGUAUCUUUUUUAACAUCUUAACCCAUAUACGGUUGUAAAAGUAUUUUAUACAGUAGGUCUUAAAGAAAUAAUAAAAUCAAAUAUGGAUUUGAUAGCAAACGGCAUAAACGAGGGGGAAAUGAACAUUAUGUGAUGCCUAAUUUUCUAACAGUCUAACAGAGCUUUGUUCUAUAGUCAAAGUUUCAAGAGGAAAAAAAAGAAAGACAGAAAGAAAAUUAUUUAUACAUUACUGGCUUUGCAAAAUAAACUUUCUCUAUCAAUGUUUUUGUUUCUUCUCGAAGCCCAUUGUUCUGGCAUGACUCACUUGUAUUUGGAAGGCUGCCCUUGGUUGCAGCCGUCAAAAACACGCACAACCUGACUCUCAGAAAACUUUCCCUUUUUUUCAUCCUGAACCCUCUCCCUGCUAGUCGGUUUGCAAAUGUGUUGACAGGUUACGGAUAGUGUUUCUUAUUGAAAGAAUUUUAGGACAGACAUUAUAGGGCUUAACACUGGUGGAAAAUUGCUUUGGUUCUUUAAAUCUUAUCAGCCAAUUAGCAAUUUGUUUUGAUUGGUCUAUUGCAGAAAUAUAAAAUAUAGUAUCUUGUAUGUUACAACGUUCUGCUCUGAAUGAUUGCAUACAUGUUUGGAAAUGAGUGGGAUUGAUUUCUGUAUUUAAAAAUGUGGAUGUUUAUGACUACAAUUCAUGUGAAAUAUCUUAAUUUUUGCAAAAUUACAUAGUGUAUUUAGAUAAAAUUACAGGUAUAUUAA